AUGCAGUCCUUCGAUACCGAGACGGCUAUUGGCUAUAUAGGCUACAGCUUGAGCAAACUCAACAUUGUCGCAGACAGCAAUUCAAGUUUGGUCGACUUGUUGAAACAAUGGGCCACACGCAAAGAUGCCAAUGCUGCAAAACAACCAGGUCGUGUACUAGUCACCUCUGUAUUCGAUUUGGCUGCUACUCUACAACAAGCAUUGGUAUUGUCACCAACACCAAGUAGUAGCGACCUGCCAGCUGCAACAUAUACCUCGUCUGAAUCGCUCACAAGCAUCAUUCCAAUACUGUACAAGCUGGUAGCUGAUGCCCAGCCACAUGUAUUGCAUGCUUCUAUAUCAAAGGGUGAUGCAUCAGGUGUAUUUGCUAUAAGACAAACUGGAUGGAUGAUGGUUGCUUCUGCUGGACAACAGGAGGCCCUAGAUGUAUCUGUAUUGGCUCAUGCUAUUGCUACAAAGGCGUCAUUACCGGUCCUUCAUUUCUAUGAUGGAAAGUUGGGAAACAAGCAGAUUCCAGUCUCGCCAAUAAGUUUUGAAAAGCUUGUUGGGUUGACCAACGAUAUCAGUAGUAGUGCAUCAGCUGCUGUAAGUAGCAGCAGCGCUAGUAGUACAGAUGAUAGCAACGCUACUGGAUCAGCAGCCGCUGUCAAAGCAACAGCAGAUACCAACUUGUAUUUACGACCAUCACCAUCAGCCACCAUAGAUCAAGCCAGUCUCCUAAAAACCAUCGAAACCACUAUAAAGGAACUUAAUGGCAGUGUCUUUGCUCCUCGAUCUUAUUCCCUGUUUGAAUACACAGGUCCAUCAGAUGCAACAACCGUCCUAGUGUAUUUAGGAACUGCAUCGCAGGAUAUCGAAUCAGCAAUCACAACCACUCCUAAAACAGGUGCUAUACGUGUACGUUGGUACCGACCAUGGUCUACAACCCACUUUUUAAACGCACUUCCAUCCACCGUUACCCAUAUCGCCGUCAUUGAACCAACACACGGUCUGCAUACUGGUUGGGGACCAUUAUUUUUAGAUGUAGCUAGCUCCUUCCAAAGUGAAGAAGGCCAUGCUCGUGUCCCUCAACCCAUUGUCCGUGAAGCACGAGUAUCAGGCACCAUACAAUAUACCCCAAACGUCAUCAAAUCCCUAGCUAGUGAAGUCACAUCUGGAAACCUCGGUCCAUUCACAUUACAAAGCCACGAGCAUGUAAAUGGUCUUGUAAAUGGCAUUCAUCAGGAAGAAGUCGAUACGAAGUUGGAAGGUGAAGGUCCAUAUAUCAAGAUGCUACACUCUAUAUUUAAUAAUCGUCUCGUAAUGACUAAUGUGACUGGUGCCAAGGAUGUCGGUGUCAAGAAUGCUGAAUUCGGAUUUGGUAGUCAGCUUGUCAUGAUUCAGCAACGUCAUCAGCUAGUCCAGCUCGUCACCAACUUGAUUCAGCAAGGAAGCACCAGCCCAGCAUUAAAGACUGUCUUGUCUAAAUGGUUGGAAACUCGUGAUGAUGCAGCCAAAAGUCGAGAGGCUGGUGAUGCAGUCAUUGCAUUACUAGACAAAAAUAGCGAAGUGUAUAAAUUACAUCACUUGUUUGCCAAGCCAUCUUAUUGGUUGGUAGGCGGUGAUUCUCUUGCUGUCGAUAUAGGAAACAGUGGAGUGCAUCAUGUUAUUGCUUCGAAGGAGAAAAUCAAUAUGUUGGUGGUAGAUACCCAACCAUACAGUGACAAGAAGAGUGAAAUGCAACUCGACUUGCGUAAAAAAGAUAUAGGAUUAUAUGCCAUGAAUUAUGGAGGUGUAUUUGUGGCUUCUGUCGCUGUACACUCGUCCUAUGCUCAAACGCUGCGAGCCUUCCAAGAAGCUGAUGCAUACCCAGGUCCAUCUAUAAUCGUAGCGUACUCACCUCGAGUCACAUCUAUAUUGACCACCACUCCACCGUCUGCUAUGAGUGCGCCACUCAAAGUCAUCAAGGAAACCAAACUGGCUGUAGAUUCAGGAUACUGGCCACUCUAUAGAUGGAAUCCAGUCAACCAAGAAAAUCCGUUUAGUCUAGAUUCCGAUAAAGUAAAGGCCGAAUUAAAAUCAUUCUUGGAACGAGAAAACCAUUUCGCAAUGGUUUUGAAAUCUCAUCCAGAAAUUGGUGGCUUGUAUACUGGAUCUGCUGAAUCGGAAUUCAAGACAAUGGCUGAACGUAAAGUUGCUGACUCGUAUGCUCAGCUACUCAACGGCCUGAAUCUCAAACCAUUAUUAAUCUUGUUUGGAUCUGAUGGUGGUAAUGCUGAACGCCUCGCUAAACGUAUAAAUGCUGAAGCCAAACAACGUGGAUUACGUCCUCGUAUGAUGCCAAUGGAUAGCAUGAGUCUUGAAGACUUGCCGGCCCACCCGAAUGUCUUGUUUGUGGUAUCUACUGCUGGUCAAGGAGAAUUCCCUGGUAACGCCCGUGAAUUCUGGAAGUCCUUGUCAUCACCACCUGCCGAAAUAGAUUUCAAGGCCAUCAGUUAUGCAGUCAUGGCAUUAGGUGAUUCUCAUUAUUGGCCACUACCAGAAGACGCACACUACUUUGCCAAGUCUGGUAAAGAUCUAGAUAACAAACUAGCAACCUUGGGAUUCACUCCAUUUGCAAAGAUUGGAAUCUCGGAUGAUCAAGAUCCAGAUGGUCUCAUGACUGGAUAUAAUGCAUUCGCACCAUCAUUAUGGGAAUACUUAGGUGUAGGUGAAAUGGAAGUAAAUGUAGAAUCUGUCGUGAUACAUCCUGAAGUCGUCAAAGAAGCAUCCAACUUCUUACGUGGUACCCUCGCAGAGGGACUAUUAGACACCACCACAGGAGCACUAUCCGAAAACGAUACAGUCCUAACCAAAUUCCACGGUAUAUAUCAACAAGACGAUCGUGACAUCCGUGAUGAACGCGCUCGCCAAGGAUUGGAGAAGGCAUUCUCAUUCAUGGUGCGAGUACGGGUUCCUGGUGGUAUUGCUACACCGCAACAAUGGAUUGCAUUGAAUAAUGUAGGGGAUCAACAUGCCAAUGGUACUGUCAGGAUUACGACGAGACAGGCUAUUCAGUUUCAUGGUAUUAUAAAGAGAAAUUUGAAGCAGAGUAUCAAGGAUAUUAAUCAGGCUCUGAUGGAUACCGUUGCAGCAUGUGGUGAUGUAAACCGUAACGUUAUGUGUAAUCCAAACCCCUUCUUAUCCGAAGUCCACAAGGAAGUCUUUGAAAUCUGUAAAGAAUUCAGUGACCAUCUGACUCCUCGUACCAGCGCCUACCACGAAAUCUGGCUAGACAAGAAGAUGGUAGCAGGUAGCGCGGACGAAGAACCCAUAUACGGCAAACUAUACCUCCCACGUAAAUUCAAGACUGCCGUCGCCAUACCACCCAGCAACGAUGUAGAUGUAUUUGCACACGAUUUAGGAUAUAUCGCUAUAGUCGAAGAUGGUAAAUUAGUAGGAUUCAAUGUAUCAGUUGGUGGUGGAAUGGGUAUGACGCAUGGAGCCAAGAAGACCUUCCCAAGGUUGGGAGAAGUCAUGGGCUUUGUGACUGUAGAUCAGGUUAUAGCCGUUGGUGUUGAAACCGUGACUGUACAACGAGAUUAUGGAGACCGAGUCAACCGUAAACAUGCAAGAUUAAAGUAUACGAUUGAAGAUCGUGGCCUUGACUGGUUUAGAUCCCAAGUCGAGGAACGUCUCGGAUGGAAACUACAGCCUGCUCGACCAUACAAAUUCACCUCGAACGGUGAUCGAUAUGGCUGGAACCAAGGUCUAAAUCGUACAUGGCACUACACCUUCUUUGUCAGCAACGGGCGUAUCAAAGACACACCCGACUAUCUCCUCAAAACUGCACUCAUGGAAAUAGCUCAAAUCCAUAAAGGAGACUUCCGUCUAACACCCAACCAAAACCUCAUGAUUGCAAACAUCCCUGAAGCCGAACGACCAGCUAUUGAAGCCCUCUUGCAUAAAUACAAGAUUGGUAAUGAGACGUUAAGUGGUCUUCGACUCAACUCGAUGGCUUGUGUCGCGCUACCGACUUGUGGAUUGGCCAUGGCUGAAAGUGAACGAUACUUGCCUGAUUUGGUUACGCUUUUGGAGGAAUCGUUGAAUAAAGUCGGGUUGAGACAUGAUGAGAUUACUAUUCGGAUGACAGGAUGUCCUAAUGGAUGUGCUAGACCUCAGAUUGCAGAGAUUGGGUUUAUUGGAAAAGCACCUGGCACAUACAACAUGUACUUGGGAGGUGGUUUCACCGGCGAGCGUCUAUCUCGCUUGUACAAGGAAAACGUGGAUGAAGAAAACAUUGUCAAGGAACUCGCACCCAUGUUCAAGAGAUAUUCACUUGAACGAAAUCCUAAUGAGCAUUUUGGAGAUUUCUGUAUUCGAGUUGGAAUUAUUAAGGCUAUGUUGCAUGGUCGUGAAUACAACCUUCAAGAUUAG